AUGGCCACCCAGCAACUGAAGGACAAGGUAGAAGAACUGCGCUCUUGGUAUAACGCCCGAUCCCGUGAACUCGGGAAUCAGGAGGAAAAAAUGGCGGCUGUGGCAGGGAAAGCAAGAACUCGUGAUGCCAAGCUGACGGAGCAGGAAGCACAGCUCAACGCCAAGGCCAAAGAUCUUGCCGCUCGCGAGCAGGCUCUGCGUACCAAGGAUCUGGAGGACAGCCAGAAGAAGGCCAUCGACUCGCAGGCUCAGGACGCGGCAGCCAAACUCAAGGAGGUCACUAACAACCUUGCCGCAGCUUCCGAAGCUAAAACAGGUCUUGAGAUCCGAAUGGGGAAGCUGGAGGAAGAGCUUGCCGGGAACAAGAAGGAGAUCGAGGCCCUUCGGGAAGAAGCGCGGAAGGCAGCCUCCACACUAGAGGGGCUGCAAUCACAGCUUUCAUCCAAGGACCAAGAUCUGAAUACUGCCUCCAGCACCAUUGAGGAUUUGAACGCCAAGCUCGCCACCCUUGAGAAGGAUCUUGAACAGGCCAAGGACCAAGAAAGGGUCUUGACGGAAGAAUUCAAUACCUCUAGAAAUCUCCGGAAGGACGCAGAGCUCAAGGACCAGGUCGAUCUGUACAACCUCUGGUCGAAGAGCUCGACGAAUAUUGCUGAGCGUAUCUCCUCCCAGAUCGCCAAGAUGAACAUGGAGUGCUAG